AAUUUUCCAUAGUCUGUUUCAUAGAGCUUUUUAUCUUGGCUAUUUCUAGAGGUGUGGACUGCACGUUUAAUUGGAUUCUACAGAGGUUUUGCAUGAGUGACGGCAGUUUGUUGUGAAGAAGAAGAGUAUUAUGUAAGGUGGGAAUUAGGCGACGGUGGAGAGAGAGAUCUAGGCACCUCUCGGUGAGGAUUACCUCUCCCUCUCGCGUGACAGGUAGGCGAUUUCAGCGAAUCUAUCCUGAGAACAUUGCAAACGUGGUUCAAGGGCCUUUCAGCUACCUCACCACUUCUUCAGAAUGCUGUAAAGAUGCCGUCGCUGCUGGAGGCCCUGGAGCUAAAAUACGGUAGCACAACAGCCGACUGCCCGGAGUGUUCCCUAACCGACGAGGAAAGCGAGUUAUCAGGCUCACCAAAAACCGCCCUGUCAGUCAGCAUAUUCAUCCCAAAAAAAUCACCACGUCACACAGUGCCAGCUCUCCUCGUCCUCCAGGACUGUGACAUUGAGUGUGCGGGUAACGACGCGGAAAAACUCAAGAGCAAAUGCAAAAAUGUUGAAGAACUGGACCUUGCCCAGAACAAAUUGUCCCAGUGGGACGAGGUAUUCGGCAUUCUCGAGCACAUGCCCAAAAUUAAAUUCGUUAACCUGAGCUUCAAUAGUCUGGCCGAAGAGCUCGAGGUGAAGCGAGGUAGGUUCGAGUCCCUGAGAAAUCUCGUUCUGAAUGGCACAAGAGUACCUUGGACAACCGUCCAGGACCUCGUCCGACUCCUUGCCAAUCUGGAAGAGCUCCAUUUAUCCCUCAAUGAAUUUAAAACAGUCGAUCUUAAUCACAAAAAUCCGGAGAACGUCAACAAAUCCCUGAAGAAACUCCACUUCACGGGCAAUCCCAUAGAGUCCUGGUGUGAAAUAUCAAAGCUGGGCUAUGCAUUUCCAAACCUCGAGAGCCUGGUGCUCGCCGAAUGUCCAAUAAGAUCACUAGCACUCGAGGAGAACAGAAACUACGACGAUACGAGUUUGUGCCAAAGCAAGAGCUCCAGCGAGAGGGCAGACGCUGAGAAUGAGAACGUGGAGAGACAUGUCAAGGAGUCGGAGAACGGACUAGAGAGGAUAUUCGGUGAGGAGAAGAGUUACAACAGAUCAGAGAGUGAGUGUGAGAGCAGUGGGAACAAGGUGGGGACGUGCCACGAUCCCUUCAGGAUGCUGAGAUUUUUGAAUGUCAAUGGCACUCUACUGUCAACCUGGGACGACGUCGAGAGGCUCGCGAGGUUCCCCGCUAUGAAGGCACUCAGAAUGCAGGGAUGUCCCCUAUUCGAGAGCCCACGUGAGUACACAGAACACGAGAGACGACAAUUACUCAUUGCCAGACUUCCUAACGUGGAGACCCUCAAUGGUGGAGGGAUCAUUUCCUCGCAGGAGCGCGAGGACGCCGAGAGGGCAUUCAUUAGGUAUUAUAUGGAUAAGCCGGAAGCUGACAGGCCGGAAAGAUACGCUGAGCUAGUCAGCAUCCACGGAAAACUAGAUCCCCUCGUCCAUGUGGAUUUAACACCAGAGAAGCGAGUGAAGGUGAAGUUUACUUAUGGAGAUCUCGUCGAGGUACGGUGUGUCGACGUUUAUAGAACAGUAUUCGAGCUAAAGACUAAAUUGGAGUCGAUGGUGAAAAUUCCUGCCAAUAGAAUGAGACUUUUCUACGUAGACCAGGUGAUGAAGGCACAAUAUGGCCCAGAGGAGAUGUUGUAUCCUAACAAGCAGCUGUACAGAUACAACAUACGGAAUGGCGAUGAAAUAAUAAUCGACAGCAAGUUAAAUCGCUUUGCAUCGACGUCCAGCACCUCCUCAGGUCGGUCCUAAAUGAACUGGACGAAAAAAAAAAAAAAAAAAUAGAAAGCUGAGAGCUAACGACUGCCGUUCACGCGAAGAACGAGCACCCAAUUCGUUGACUAUUCGUUUCUCCCUUCGCAAUCACUCUCCUCAUCUCGUGGGUGCCACGAAGGAGGUGAUUUCAUUCUCUGUAAGAUAGAAUUAUUGGAAAAACUGAAACAGUGAUAGGAGAAAUGAAUCCGUGACUUGGAGUCUGGCUUCUGACGUUCACCAUCUUGUACUUUUGUUGUUUGUUGUAACCCAACAUUGGCCAGAACUGGCACAAACUUUUUUGCAUCUCAAGUAGCAUGGAAAGUCGUGACUAACGACGCGAUUCCUCGAGUUGAAAACUUUGAGGAAUAUUUUUGUUGGGAUGUGUGUAGAAAUGUUUUGUCGAUUUAGUGAUUACAAAAAUUGAAUAUUUUUGUAGAGCGACGAUGAAGCCAUUUCUAGGAGAAAAUGGAAGUUUAAAGGAUGAAUUUACUGAUUGUAAUAUAUUUCAAUGUCAAGAUGGAUGAUUCAAGCGAAUUAUGUUGGAUGAAUUUGUCCUCAUGAUGAUUUUUUAAUGGACAAAGUUAUCCAGCAAAUUCGAUAAUCGUCUACAACGAAAAUUUGUCAAAUGGAUGAGGAAUUCUCCAUUUGACAUGUUGCUAGUGUUCUAUCUCGUCCGAAGCUAUUGAUUUUUGUGUUCUGAAACAAAUCGCUUUCUAGAGUCCCCAAAUUACCUACUGCCAGCCGGAAUUGCAGGAAUCACAAUAAUUCCAAUUAAUUGGAAAAUAAUUCCACAAUCAAAAUACAAAGCAAUGCGACCAAAGAAUGCGAUUGAUAACGAAAUAAAAAUUAAAAAAAGUAACAAAGAAAAUCGAAGAGUCACUUUAGUGCCUAUCUGAUAGCAUAAAUCGGACGCGUUUAACACUGCCUUGUAAAAAUGUACGGUAAAAUACAAUGACAGUUUCCACUGUAAUUAAAUUAACACGAGAAAGGAAGGAAAAUAUGUUGAGUGAGAGGAAGUAAUGCCCGGGCAGGCGAGGUUCCGCCUUGAUAAAGACGUAAAAGCCUCGCUGUCACGUCUAGUCUCGGAAUUUUACAUGCAAAAAGGGACAAAAAAUUCACCUUUAUCUCUCUAUCAUUACCCAUGAUGCCAGUGAUGUAAUAUGAAUUGUUGUCCCUGUUUUGUGCUGGCGCAAAUGUACGUACUAACUCGUAAUAAAAGCAUUCAUAAUAAAUACGUAAA